CGCAAACCACUUGCCUGGGCCAGGGACACGAGCGCGCUCUACCUAUUCCUCCUGAACAAAAUGCCAGAGAAUCCACAUCACAGCAGCCGCGGCACUGUCCACCCAGUUGGCAUGGAUGUUGCUCGUCGCGUACUCCGCCCCGUCCCUCCUGCCGACGCCGACGGCGACGCUGCCGUCAUCAGCCUCUGCUGGGGUCAGCCAAAGAUCCCGGACCCGUUCGUCUGGCCCCAGGCCGACGCGCUGGCCUCGUCGGAGAGGGAGCUGGACGCGCCCGUGGUCGACGUCGGGGCCGCCAUGCGCGGCGACGGCCCCGGGAUGCGCCGCGCCGCCGAGCAGGUCGCCGCGGCGUGCGCGAGCUACGGGCUCUUCCAGGUGACCGGGCACGGGCUGGACCCGGCGCUGGCGCGCGCCGCGCUCGACGGCGCCGCGGGCUUCUUCCGCCUGCCGCUCGCCACGAAGCAGCGCGCCCGCCGCGCCCCAGGGAACGUGACCGGCUACGCCGCCGCUCAUGUAGACCGCUUCACGGCCAACUUGCCCUGGAAGGAGACACUCUCCUUCGGCCACCGGACGUCCGGCGGCCGCGUCGUCGUCGACUACUUCGCCUCCGUCCUAGGCAGCGACUUCAAACCCUUAGGGACGGUGUACCAGGACUACUGCGAGGCGAUGGAGCAGGUGUCGCUGGCGAUAAUGGAGGUGAUCGGGGCGAGCCUGGGCGUGGGUCGGAGCUGCUACAGGGACUUCUUCGCCGACGGCGGCGCCAUCAUGCGGUGCAACUACUACCCGCCGUGCCCAGAGCCGGAGCGGACGCUGGGCACGGGCCCGCACUGCGACCCGUCGGCGCUCACCCUCCUGCUGCAGGACGGCGCCGUGGACGGGCUCCAGGUGCUCGUCGACGGCGAGUGGCGGCCCGUGCGGCCGAGGCCCGGCGCGCUCGUCGUCAACAUCGGGGACACGUUCAUGGCGCUGUCGAACGGGCGGUACCGGAGCUGCGUCCACCGCGCGGUGGUGCACCGGGAGCAGGAGCGACGGUCGCUGGCCUUCUUCCUCUGCCCGCGCGACGACCGCGUGGUGCGCCCGCCGCCGCGCCUCCUCGCCGCCCGCGACGACCAGGAGCAGCAGCCACGGCUGUACCCGGACUUCACGUGGGCCGACCUGGCGCGCUUCACGCAGCUCCACUACCGCGCCGACGCCCGCACGCUCGACGCCUUCGCGCGCUGGCUCGGCGCGGCCCCUACCUCCCGCGCCGCGGCGACGUCGGCAUCCCAGAGCCAGGACAAGGCGCAAGAGACAGCUUAGCUUACCCUUGGGCUUUUGGCUAGUGAAGUGCUGCUACUGGAUUUAGUGUGGUGGUAGCAUCUCUGUAUCAAUUGCUCUAGCCCGUUUAUUCGGAGCUAGCCCACGACAUAAUAAUUCAUCUACUAGAUGUGUAUGUGCAUCAUGCGUCUAUUUGCAUGUAAUCACUUUUCCUAAGUUAAAAGGCGUGUGUGUGAUGCUUAU